GGUAAAAUCAAUAAUUGUAGAUAGUGUAGCUUAAACCUUGAAGGUACACAACAUCUCAAAGUCCAACAAAGAUACAAGCAGAUUCAAAGUUUAGAGUGUAGAUAUUUCCGAUAUUGAAUGUAACAAUAUAGGACCAAAACUUAGACAAACUAUUGAUAGGAAUGGCUACUUACGACAGUACACCAUUUUGCGACAUUUGCCAACACAGGGAUCUCAACAAGUCAGCGGAAGAAUACUGUUUACAUUGUGAGGAGGCUCUUUGUAGCGACUGUACAGAACAUCAUAAGAUUUCGAUAUCAACGAAAUCACAUCAGACAAUCUCUAUAGAAAAAUAUUACAAAUUGCCAACCUUCAUCAAACAAAUUAGCCAUAACUGUCAGGAGCAUGGAUGUAUCCUUGAAUUUUAUUGUAAAUCCCAUGACUCUUUUUGUUGCAAAAUUUGUUCAAUAUCAGCUCACAAAGAAUGCAAGGAAAUCAUUUAUAUAGAUGAUUUUCUUACGCCUUCAAAAGGACACCAAUCAGUAGCUUUAGAUAACAUUCAAAAAGUACUGAAAAAACUGGAAAGUAACAUUUCUUCUGCUUUAAAAAACAGAAAAAACAAUUUAACGGAAUUACGUGAACAGAAGCGGGAAAUUUCUGAACAUAUCAAAGACAAGCGUUACGAAGUUAAUGUACUUUUAGACCAUUUAGAAGUAGAAUUACUAGAAAAGGUAUCUGCACUUGAGAAGACAAACUGUGAGAAAAUAGAAGAAGUAAUAACGAAAUUGGAGGACGAAAAAGAAAAAGUAGAAGGAAUUCAAAAAGAUGUUGAAUCUGUUAAAAUGUUUGCAUCCGAUUUACAAAUCUUCAUGGGAACAAAGGCAUUCCAAGAAAGUAUUUCAACCAAUGAAAUCAACGUCCAAAAAGUAUAUGACAACGGGAGCUUAAACAACGUGACAGUGAAAUGUCCUUUCAAUGAAAAGCUAGAGGGAUUUAUAAAAGACAUAAAAACAUUUGGUGAUAUAGAAAUUAAUAAUAGUGAAACACAUGCUUCUUUUUCCUGGAAAGGUGACAUAUCAGCACAAAUUUUAAAACCAAAAUCAGUAGCAAAAUCUAUUGGAACCAUAAUCGUCAGGUUAGGACGAAGGAUAAACAUAGGCUGCAACGGUAUAUCUGGAUGUGCAAUAUUAGAAGCUGGAAACAUGCUAUUUCUUCAAACACACCGCAAUAAUAUGAUGCAGUAUGCGCCUAAUGGUGAAUUCAUUUCAGAAUCACGUAUCAACCCAGAAAGAAACGACAGCAUUGGGUAUGACCUUGCAGUUAUUGAUUUUAAUACAUUAGCUGUAUCAAGUGGUGGAAAUCCCCCUUUCACAAGCAAGGUACCCUGGUUUCUUAAUAUAUGUAAAAACAAUGUGUUUGAAAAGUUGAACAAGAGGAUUGCUGUCGACAAAAAGUAUUUUUCACAUCAUCAAAGCAAUCAAGCUAUUAUAGAUAUGGCCGCAAACGAAAGUCCACAAUUCUGUGACGUUUGUCUAAACAGAGACCUCAAUAAAACAGCGGAAGAAUACUGUCCACAGUGUGAAGAGGUUCUAUGUGGGGAAUGUAGAGACCAUCACAAAAUAUCCAGAUCGUCAAAAUCGCAUAAGACAAUCACGGUAGACAAAUAUAACAUAUUACCAUCUUUCAUCAAGAAAAUAAAACACAACUGUGAGGAACAUGACUUCGUCCUUGAAUUCUUUUGUAAAUCUCAUGACUCUCUUUGUUGCAAAAUAUGUUCGAUAACAGCUCACAAAGCAUGCAAGGAAAUAAUGUUUAUAGAAGAUUUUCUUACGCCUUCAAAAGGACACCCAUCAGUAGCUUUGGAUAACAUUGAAAAAGUUCUGAAAAAUUUGGAAAGUAACAUUUCUUCUGCUAUAAAAGACAAAAAUCGAAACUUGACCGAUUUACGAGAACAGAAGCGGGUGAUCACAGAAAUAAUUAAAGAAAAGCGUCAAGAAAUUAAUAAACUGUUCGACAAUUUUGAAGAGGCAUUACUAAAAAAGGCAUCUGCACUUGAGACAGAAUGCUGUCAAAAGAUAGAGGAAGUAAUUGCAAAAUUGAUAGAAGAAAAAACGAAAGUAGAUGAAAUUAAAAAAGAUGUCGAAUCUGUAAAAUCGUUUGCAUCCAAUUUACAAAUCUUUGUGGGAUCAAAGUCAUUCGAGGAAAAUGUCUCGACCAAUGAACUCAAAGUUCAAAAAUUGUAUGACGAUGGGAGCUUAAACGAUGUGAUAAUCGAAUGUACAUUCAAUGAAAAGCUAGAGCAGUUUAUAAAAGAGAUAAAUACAUUUGGUGAUAUGAAGGUAGACAGCAGUGAAAAACAUGUUUCUUUUACUUGGAAAGGUGAUACAUCAGCACAAAUUUAUCAAUCUAUCUCGGGAGCAAAAUCGGUGGAAAAUAUAAAUGUCAAAAUUGUGCGUAAGAUUAACGUUGGUCGUAAUGAGCUUUCUGGAUGCGUCAUGUCAGAAUCUGGAAACAUGUUAUUUCUUCUUGCUCACAAAAAUAGUCUGAUCAAAUAUUCAUCUAAUGGUGAAUUUCAUUCCGAGUUGCAUAUAAAUACUGCGCCGUCCAACAUUGGAUAUGACCUUGCUGUGGUCGAUUCAAACACGAUAGCUGUAUCAACUGGUGGAAAUAACCCACACAAAAUUUAUUUGAUUGAUAUUAAUAAUGCGGAAGUACGUCAAGAUUUUGAUUUAAAGGACUACUGUUAUGGUUUAAGCUAUCACAAAGGAUCACUUGUUUGCUGCACACAAAACCAAGGCAUACACAUAUUUGACAAGUCGAAAAAAGUUACCAACAUGCAGACAAAAAGCUACCAAACUACAGAUAUGGCCACCGACAAAAGUGUAUUACUCUGCGAUGUUUGCCAAAAUAGACACCUUAAUAAAUCAGCGGAGGAUUAUUGUCCACAGUGUGAAGAGGCUCUUUGUCGUGAAUGUAGAGAUCAUCAUAACUUAUCAAAAUUGUUAAAAUCGCAUCAGACAAUCACGGUAGACAAAUAUAACAAAUUACCAUCCUUCAUCAGGCAAAUUAGCCAAAACUGUGAGGAGCAUGACUGCUUCCUUGAAUUCUUUUGCAAAUCGCAUGACGCACCUUGUUGCAAGCUUUGUUUGAUAUCCUGUCAUAAGGAAUGCAAGGAAACUAUUUUCAUUGAAGAUUUUCUUAAGCCAUUAACUUGGCACCAGUCAGCAGCUUUAGAUAAUAUUGAAAAAAUUCUGGAAGAUUUGCAAAAUAACAUUUGUUCCGCUAUAAAGGACAGAACUCGAAAUUUGAAUGAAAUACGCGAACAGAAGCGGGUAAUUGGAGAACAAAUCAAAGCAAAGCGUAAAGAAAUCAAUACACUUUUAAAACGUUUAGAAGAAGAAUUUUUAGAAAAGGUGUCUUCACUUGAAAAGACAAACGGUCAGGAAAUAGAAGAAAUUAUAACAAAAUUGGAGGACGAAAAAGAAAAAGUAGAAGGAAUUCAAAAAGAGUUUGAAUCAGUCAAAAUGUUUGCUUCUAAUCUACAAAUCUUCAUGGCUACAAAGUCGUUCCAGGAAAGUAUUUCAUACAACAAAAUCAACGCCCAACAAAUAUAUGACAACGGAAGCUUAAACAACUUGACAAUGAAAUGCAAUUUUAAUGAAAAGAUAGAGGGGUUUAUAAAACACAUAAAAACAUUUGGUGAUGUAGAAAUUGAUCAUAGUGAAAAACAAGUUUCUUUUUCAUGGAAAGGUGAAGAGUCAGCACAAUUUUUUAAGUCAGACUCAAAAUCUAUUGAAACCAUAAACGUUAGGUUAGGACGAAGGAUUAACAUUGAUAGCGAAAGUAUUUCUGGAUGUGCCAUAUCAGAAGCAGGAAACAUGCUUUUUCUACAAACACACAUCAAUAGUAUGAUGAAAUAUGCGCCUAAUGGUGAAUUCAUUUCAGAAUCACGUAUCAGCCCUGCACUGAGCCUCAUUGGGUAUGACCUUGCAGUGAUUGAUUCUAAUACGGUAGCUGUAUCAAGUGGUGGAAAUUCCCCUAAACAGAUUUAUUUGAUUGAUAUGAAUAGUUCUGACUCGAACAAUGUAGUCGUGAUAUCUCCAGAUGGAAAACAGGCAAAGGAGCUAAUUGGAGCUAGUGACGGACUUGCAAAUCCUUGUGCCUUGUUCUUUCAUAAAACAAAAAACUUGCUUCUAGUAGCAAACUAUAACAGGGGCGCAUCUGUGUAUGAUGUUAUUUAA